UUAAAUUCAACCUCGUAGCGAGCAGAGCGACAAAAAGUGUUGCUGUUGGUCAUUGGGUGUAAAGGUGUAUAGAGCUUUGUAAACAACAAACGAAAAGGCAAACACCCAUACAGACAAUACGCGAAUAGUACAAAUAGAAACGCACUAGGCAUUACUACAAAAUUCGACGUCGAAAACGUGACCGUAGCUCCAAAAUGGAUGCCCGAGAAUUUCGUGAAUUUGGCAAAGCGGCGGUUGACUUUGUGGCUGAUUACUUGGAGAACAUCAGAGAUCAUGAUGUGUUGCCCUCUGUGGAGCCGGGCUAUUUGCUGGAUCUGUUGCCCAAGCAAAUGCCUGAGACUCCCGAAACUUGGAGCGAGGUGCUAAAGGACAUCAAUCGAGUGAUCAAGCCGGGCAUCACGCAUUGGCAAUCGCCCAAUAUGCAUGCCUACUACCCCACCAGUGUAUCCUACCCCUCCAUUGUGGGCGAGAUGCUGGCCAGCGGCUUCGGCAUUAUGGGCUUCAGUUGGAUCUGCAGUCCGGCUUGCACGGAACUGGAAGUCGUCGUUAUGGAUUGGCUAGCCAAGUUUCUGAAUCUUCCCGAACACUUUCUACACGAGAAUGAGGGACCUGGUGGCGGUGUCAUUCAAGGCUCUGCCAGUGAGGCAGUGCUAGUGGCUGUGCUCGCCGCCAGAGAGCAGGCAGUUAGACGUCUGCGACUCAGUCAGCCAGAGCUGAGCGAGAGUGAGAUUAGGGGCAAACUAAUUGCCUACUCAUCGGAUCAGAGCAACAGCUGCAUUGAGAAGGCGGGCGUCUUGGCGGCCAUGCCCAUCAAGCUGCUGCCAGCUGGCGCGGAUCUUGUGCUGCGUGGCGAUGCACUGAAGCAGGCCAUUGAGCAAGAUGUGGCGGCAGGUCUCAUACCAGUCAUCUGCAUAGCUUCGUUAGGUACCACAGGCACGUGUGCCUACGACGACAUUGAAUCUCUGGCCAGCAUCUGUGAACAGAAUGAGGUGUGGCUGCAUGUGGAUGCGGCAUAUGCUGGCGGUGCCUUUGCUUUGGAGGAAUGCUCGGAGCUGCGUCGUGGCUUGGAGCGUGUGGACUCGCUUAACUUUAAUCUACAUAAAUUUAUGCUAGUCAACUUUGAUUGUGCCGCCAUGUGGUUGCGCGAUGCCAACAAGGUGAUUGACAGCUUCAAUGUGGAUCGCAUCUAUCUAAAGCACAAGCACGAGGGUCAGACGCAGAUUCCAGACUUCCGCCAUUGGCAGAUUCCGUUGGGUCGUCGCUUUCGCGCUCUGAAAGUGUGGAUCACUUUCCGCACACUUGGAGCUGAGGGCCUGCGAGCUCACAUACGCAAGCACAUCACAUUAGCUAAACAGUUCGAGGAUCUGGUGAAGGCAGACGAACGUUUCGAGUUGAUUGCUCCGCGUGCUCUGGGACUGGUUUGCUUCCGGGCGAAGGGUGAGAAUGAAAUCACAUCACAGCUGCUGCAGCGCCUAAUGGAGCGCAAGAAGAUUUACAUGGUGAAGGCGGAACAUUGUGGGCGACUUUUCCUGAGAUUUGCCGUAUGCGGCAUGGAUCCAAAGCCAUCGGACAUUGAAUUUGCCUGGACGGAAAUCCAAACACAGCUCACAUCGGUGUGCGCAGAGCAACAGGUGAAUACUCGCAAGGCUGGCGAACUAUCCGAGCUUACAACCCAUUUAAGUGGAUUACAUGUGACAAAUGCAACGCUACAGCGUUAGUUUUAAAUAAGAAUAAAAGAUACUUCACAUAC